AUGCUUUCGGAGAAAGUAAAAAACAUUAAUCAAAAGGAUCAGUCAGGACGCACGCCAUUGAGCUGGGCUGUUUGCAUAGGGAAUUAUGAUUUGGUUCAACUUUUAUUAGAUGAUGGAUGUGACGUCAACACCAUGGAUAAUUGUGGCGAAAGUGCUCUCUCACAGAUAGCUGAGAGAAACCACAUUGAGUUCACAAAAGUUUUGUUAAAAGCUGGUGCA